AUGAGCAGAGGCCAUGUAGGCUUCUCAACUCUGCUGUUUACCUAUACUUUGGAGGUCCUGACUUCUCGCGCUGCUGCGCAGACGGUCAACAGUGGCAUUGGGCCACUGGUCCAACAGGCUGAUGCGAGACCCGGCACGCUCCACUGGGCCCUGGCCGUGAUCCUCAUUGUGGUGCUGCUCGUGGGGCUCUUCCGCUCUUACCGAAUCUUGAAACAGACUCAGCACCUCACGGUGGUGAGACAUGCCCCGGAGGGAAUGAGAAUCGUUGAGUGUGGUUCCUGCCACACGGCGCAGUAUGUCAGUGCGCACGGGCGCAUCUUUAUCUGCUGCAGCUGCCAUUGCGCCAAUCGGAUUCCGAUGGAGGCUGCACGAGCAGAGGAGCUUACUGUGGCAGACGGGCCACUGAAGAAGUUCGAGUUCAAGAAGGGCGGUGAGAACUUCUGGCAGGCCAAAGUCAUUCAGAAGAGCAAAGCUAGAAAGCAGCCUCGGGAGCGAAGCACUCCCCUUCCAGAUCGCGAGCACUGGGAGGCCGUGUUGUCUUCCAAUUGGGCAUGCUUGAAGGAGGCUCCAGAAGCUGUCAAAGAUGACCCUGUCUGCGUGCAAAUUGCCGCGAGACAAAGCUGGAAGGCGUUGGAGUACGCAUCCGAAGACAUAAAAAAUGAUCCGGUCGUGACGCUGCCCGUCGUUCAGUCUUGUUGGUGGGCACUAGAGUUUGUUGGACAAGACGUCCGACGAGACGAAGAAGUUGCCAUCGUUGCCUUACGUCAAAAUGCUCUAGCCUUCGAGUGCCUCUCCCACGACCUGCGGCACGAUCUCAUCAUCCUGCAAGAAGCAGUCCGUGUGGACGGAAAGGCGCUGAGAUUCGCAUCGAAGGAUCUGUUGGCAGAUCGCAAGCUUGUGGAAGACGCUGUUCGAAACGCCGGUGGGGAGGCUCUUUGCCAUGCCGCCGAGGAGUUUGGUGACGAUCCAGAUAUGGUGGUUCUGGCACUUCAGGCUCCUGCGGGCUCGGACAGAGCCUUGGCCUUCUCGAAGCGGUUGGCUGCGGAUCGCGGGUUUGUCCUCCAGAUUAUGCAGAAGGAUGGUAUGGCCCUGCGCUAUGCUUCGGAGAGCUUGAAGGCGGACAUGUCAGUCGUUUUGGCGGCCGUCGAGCAGAACGGAGAUGCCUUGGAAUUUGCUUCCGAUGACAUGCGCGACACACGCAAGGUGGUGGAAGCAGCCGCGAAGCAGAAGCCGAAGGCUCUGCGCUUCGCCUCCGAAAAACUGAGAUCCGACGAAGACUUGGUCAAGCAGGUUGCCACGGUCGACGGCACCAUUCUGGAGUUUGCGGUAGAUCUUUGUGGCAACAGGCGCGUGGCUGUGAAAGCUGUGGAGCAAUCUUGGGAAGCACUUCGCUUCGAAGAGGUUGCUGGAGGCUUGCCUGCCAACUUGCUUCUGGAGGCGGUGAAGCAGGACUGGAGAGCGGUUCAAGAGAUUCUCAAGAAAGAGCCAGAGGUCUCCGAGGAUCUUCUUCUCCAAAUGGCCACGACCAAUCCUGAAAUUGUGCGGGCAAGUCAGUUGCGCGGACAUCGGAUGGUAGCAAGGGCUGCCCUGGAAGUCAAUGGUAUGAUGCUGCACUAUCUGCUGCCGCAUCUGAGAUCGGAUCUUGAACUUGCGGCUGCAGCCGUGCGCCAGAAUCCCGAUGCAUUGUCAGAGGCGCAUCCGGCUCUGCGCCAGGAGCCAACUUUGCGCAGCUUGCAGAAGGAGGGCUUCGCACGACGAGCACACACCGAGCUCCGGAGGGCCAAAGCUUUGAAAGAGGCAGAGGAGGUGAGCCAGGAGGAAAUGGAGGAAGGUGCCGAGGCAUCUGAGCGAGUAUCGCAGGGUGCAGACAAGCCGGCUCCUUCGCUGAUCGGAAAGGUGGACGUGGAGAAUGCCAGUGCUGGAGAACGAUUUCCGCAGUGUGUCGUUUGCUUGGAUGAGCCCGGCUGCAUGGUCUUGCUACCGUGCGCUCACGGAGGUGUUUGCGAGGCAUGCGUGACCCGGAUUGUCCAAAAUCGUGCAUUUGGGGGAUCCCAUUGCCCGCACUGCAGAUCGACCAUCAGCACCAUUGUCAAACUUGAGGAGGUUGAAGGGGAGCUGGCCAAGGGAGUCGAAUUGCGAAUACCGAUGGCCAGACCUCUGUCAUAG